AUGCUGAAUGGAGGCAGUGGGACCAAGCUGAAGAGCAAACAGGUUGUGGAAAUGCUGGAUAAAUGUUUUGAAAAUAUUUGUGAAUUGGACCUCAUCUUCCACAUGGAUGAAGAAGUCCACUGUAUCCUGCAGGAGAUCGUGAUGGGAGGGAUGGUGCUGGAAACCAACAUGAAGGAGAUUGUGGCCCAGGUGGAGUUUCAGAACCGCAUAGAGAAGUCUGAGGGAGGGCUAUCGGCAGGACCAGCCCGCGCCGUAUCGGCCGUUAAGAGCAUGAACCUUCCGGAAAUCCCUCGAAACAUCAACAUUGGAGACAUCAACAUCAAAGUUCCCAGCCUCUCCCCCUUCUAAGCAGAGAGCUGAGCAAUGAGCUAAGCCACUGCGUGUCUCAGGGAAACCAGUUAUGUGCUACUGAUGUCUGUUUCCUGUUUCUGUCUGUUUAAUGCACUGUUUAUUCUGUGUGGUCGGGUCCAUUUCCAAUCAUGCGAAGCUGUCUUCUCCAAAUCCCUUUUCCAAA